AUUAGCAAAAUGAAAUUAAAGCGCUUCUGUCUCAGAUAUUACCCACCAGGUUUUAUUAUAGAAUAUGAAAAAGAAGGACAGCUAAGGACAAAGUCAAUAGACCUACUGGAAUUAUCAACAGAGACAGAUCCAGAUGAAUUGGUGAAAGAGAUUGUAAAGUCAGAGCCUUUGAUCACAGAGCACUGGACAGAUGAGGUUAAGGAAAUUAUCGUCCGCCUUCAACAGAAGAAAACUCAGCAAACCCACCACAAGUUCUGCUUUGUCAAGGUUCUUAGCUCACACUUACUACCACUCACAAAUGUUGCUUUUAACAAGUCUGGAUCAAAGUUCAUAACAGGGAGCUAUGACAGAACAUGUAGAGUAUGGGACACAGUAUCUGGCACAUGUCUUCUGACACUUGAGUCUCAUCAAAGUGUGGUGUAUGCCAUUGCCUUCAACAAUCCUUUUGGUGACAAGAUUGCCACUAGCUCUUUUGACAAAACAUGCAAAUUGUGGUGUGCUGAGACCGGCAAGUGUUUCCAUACAUUUAGAGGACACACAGCAGAAAUUAUUUGCCUAGCAUUCAACCCUCAGAGUACAUUAGUGGCAACAGGCAGCAUGGAUACUACUGCCAAACUGUGGGAUGUGGAGAGUGGGGAGGAGGUGGCUACGCUAUCCGGUCAUAAAAAUGAGGUCCUGUGUGUAUGCUUUAACACAGUGGGAAACCAGCUCAUCACUGGCUCCUUUGACCACACAAUGGUUAUAUGGGAUGUUCCUUCUGGAAGGCUUGUUCACACUCUGCGCGGUCAUCUCGGGGAGAUAAGCAAUGUGCAGUUUAACUGGGAUUGCUCACUUAUUGUUUCAGCUUCUAUGGACCAUACCUGCAAGGCCUGGUUGUCUUUGCAGCUGUGGGAUACAUCCAGUGGGAACUGUGUGGCCACACUGGAAGGGCACAAAGAGGAGCUGCUGGAUGCAUGCUUUGAUUUGACUGGACAGCUGAUAGCUACAGCCUCUGCAGAUUGCACAGCACAAGUGUUCAGUGCAGUAACACAUGAACAUCUAUUAACCCUGAAGGGCCAUGAGGGUGAGAUCUCCAAGCUGUGCUUCAACCCCCAAAGCACACGACUGCUGACUGCCAGCUCUGAUCGGACAGCACGUUUAUGGGACAUCAAGACCGGAGAGUGUCUGCAAGUAUUAAGUGGUCACACUGAUGAGAUAUUCUCCUGUGCUUUCAACUAUGAGGGAGACACCAUUAUUACCGGUAGCAAGGAUAACACGUGUCGCAUCUGGUACUAGUCUCUCAUCCAACCACUGAAAGAGCAUAAAAUGUCAAAUGC